GGGCGGAACAAAUGUGGAAGCGGCAAAGUUCAUGCGCGUGUUUGAAGGUGCAUUUUAAUCAGCAUGCACACGCUGCAGCUAAGAGGACUUGAAACAUCGGUCAGUAGCAGAUAGAGGGAUGCACGCUUCUCUCAGUAGAUUAUCCUCACGCAUAUUGGUUCAGAUUACCAAUUACAAUGAUGGAACGGAGAAGAAACACAAUGGAGAACCCUUUAUUCUAUUCAUCUCACAGCCAACAUCACGGAUGGAUUCAAAUCUCAGAUAUGAGAGGUCCUGCAGGCCACUGGAUGUCAUGUGGUCACCCGUGUGCUGAACGUGCUGUGUGGAACCCCAAAUUCUGUGUGGUCACCGACUAUCAAAUGCUGCUGCUGGACAAAGAGGAGAUACACCCUCUGCUCCUACAGGAGAGAAGGACUGACACCUGCAAAUCCAGACUGCUGCGUCGCACCAUUAGUGUUCCUGUGGAGACGCAGUUCCCGGAAUUCCAAUGUCAUCUCUCAGUGGACAGCAACUCUCCACCUGAGAAAACAGGGCGGAGACGUAGCAUGCCAGGCUCCGCCCCUGACAAGCCCCCGCCCACAAUGGAACCCACUGCUGCUGCUGCUACACCCUUCAGGGUCACUGGGUUUUUGAGUCGCAGGUUAAAGGGCUCAAUAAAACGGACUAAGAGUCAGCCUAAACUGGACAGGAACAGCAGUUUCAGACACAUCCUGCCAGGCUUCAGACCAGUGGACAAUGACAGGUCUCAUCUGAUGCCCAGGCUGAAGGAGUCACGCUCUCACGAGUCUUUGCUCAGUCCCAGUAGUGCAGUAGAAGCUCUGGACCUCAGCAUGGAGGAGGAGGUCCUUAUUAAACCAGUGCACAGCUCCAUCCUCGGGCAAGAUUACUGCUUUGAGGUGAGCACCUCCACAGGUAGUAAGUGCUUUUCUUGUCGUUCGGCCGCCGAGAGAGACAAAUGGAUGGAGAACCUGCGACGGGCCAUCCACCCUAAUAAGGACAACAGUCGGCGGGUGGAGAAUACGCUCCAGCUGUGGAUCAUCGAAGCUAAGGACCUUCCGGCCAAGAAAAAGUACUUCUGUGAGCUCUGCCUGGACGACGGCCUCUAUGCCCGCACCACCUGCAAGCUGAAGACGGAUAACGUCUUCUGGGGUGAACACUUUGAGUUCAAUAACCUCCCUACCGUCCAGAGCAUCACCGUCCAUCUCUAUAGGGACUCAGACAAGAAGAAGAAAAAGGACAAGAACAACUACGUGGGGCUGGUGAGCAUUCCAGUGGUGAACGUCACAAGCAGGCAGCUGGUCGAGAAAUGGUACCCAGUUAGCCAACCCAAUCCGGGUAAAGGGAAAACAGCUGGUCCCAUGGUUCGCAUCAAGGCCCGGUACCAGAGCAUGAACAUCCUGCCCAUGGAGCUCUACAAAGAGUUUGCCGAAUACACCACUAACAACUACAUGCUGCUCUGCUCGGUGCUGGAGCCCGUCAUCAGCGUCAAGAACAAAGAGGAGAUGGCCUGCGCUCUAGUACACAUCCUACAGAGCACCGGGAAAGCAAAGGACUUCCUGACAGAUCUGAUGAUGUCGGAGGUGGAUCGAUGCGGGGAGAACGAGCACCUGAUCUUCAGAGAGAACACGCUGGGCACUAAAGCUAUCGAGGAGUACCUCAAACUGGUCGGACAGAAAUAUCUGCAAGACGCACUGGGCGAGUUUAUAAAGGCUCUGUAUGAGUCUGACGAGAACUGUGAGGUGGACCCAUCCAAAUGUUCAUCUAGCGAUCUAGCUGAACAUCAGAGCAACCUCAGGAUGUGCUGUGAGCUGGCUUUCUGCAAGAUCAUUGAGUCCUACCGUGUGUUUCCUCGGGAACUAAAGGAGGUGUUUGCGUCGUGGAGACAGGAAUGUGGUAACCGAGGGCGGCCGGAUAUCAGCGAGCGCCUUAUCAGCGCAUCACUGUUUUUGCGUUUUCUGUGUCCGGCCAUCAUGUCGCCGUCUCUCUUCAACUUGACGCAGGAGUACCCAGACGACCGCACUGCACGCACACUCACUCUUAUCGCCAAGGUUACACAGAACCUUGCAAACUUCACCAAGUUUGGUAAUAAGGAGGAGUACAUGUCCUUCAUGAAUCAGUUCUUGGAGCAGGAGUGGACCAACAUGCAGCGCUUCCUGCUGGAGAUCUCCAACCCAGAGACCAUCUCAAAUACUGCAGGCUUCGAGGGCUAUAUUGACCUUGGCCGUGAGCUCUCCACCUUGCACUCGCUUCUAGCUGAGGUGGUGUCCCAAAUGGACCAGAGUGCUACCUCCAAGCUUGGCCCGUUACCUAGAAUACUAAGGGACGUACAUGGGGCGUUAACAAACCCACCGAACAUACAGAUGAGCGUUCCUUCUGAUCGUGUGCCGUCCCCUCCUGCACCCGGAUGCAGCAUCUCCAGUGGAUUACAAAAGAUGGCUAUCGACAGCGACCUACCAGGCCCAAUGGACUUCACUCGCCUUCCUUCCCCCACCCCUGAAAACAAAGACCUCUUCUUCGUCACGCGCUCUUCUGGCCUCCAGGGCUCUCCUGCCCGCAGCUCUAGCUACUCCGAGGCCAACGAACCCGAGCUGGGCCUGGCCAACGGCGGCAAGAGCCUGUCCAUGGUAGACCUGCAGGAAGCAGCCAGGGCAUUAGAACCCAUCGCCAUCCCUGCAGGGAUCACUUCAGAAGGUUUAGGUGAAGGUGCCAUGGUUCCCUGGAAUGCACGGACUCCCCAAGGCAACAUUGCUGGAGGCCCUACUCUUCACCGGCCAGGACAGACUCCCACUACCCCAGGAGCAGAAGGGGCCCCAGGCAGGCCUACACAGCUCUUGGCCCCGCUAUCUUUUCAGAAUCCAGUGUACCAGAUGGCAGCAGGGUUGCCCGUGUCAGCUAGAGGGAACGCGAGCGGAGAUUCUGGGUCAGAGUGUCACAGCUCCGUCAGUUCCCAUAGCAACAAUGAGGAGGGGCUUGGAGGAACCAAACACACGUUCCUAACUCAGGGGGCUUCGGUGGGGGAGGAGUUUGCGAGGCGUUCGGGAGACUUUUCGAGACGUCAGCCAUCGCUAACCGACCCACAGCAUGGAAACCAACCUACGGUUCCGCGGCAGAGUAGCGCUGGUCCUCAGCGGCGGAUUGACCAGCCACCACCACCCACACAGACUGCACCCAGAGGACGAACUCCACCCAAUCUAUUGAACUCCACCCCCUACCCACGGCCUCCUAAUAACACUGUGAUGUCAUCGUCACCUGACUGGCCUGGGAGUGGCGCUCGGCUUAGACAGCAGAGCUCCUCCUCCAAAGGGGACAGUCCAGAAAUGAAGCAUCGCGCACCACAUAAACAGGCCCCAUCCCCAGUGAACCCCAGCGCAUUGGACCGUACCGCUGCCUGGUUGAUGAAUGUGCCAUAUAUAGAGCAGGAGUCUGAGACAGAGCUUUGCAGAGAUGAGCACACACAAGCUGAAAAGUAUCAGGCGGAGAUCAGUAUCCUGCAGGAGCGACUGCGUAUGUCGGUGCAGAGGCUGGAGGAAUACGAGGCCCGGAUCAAGGGACAGGAGGAACAGGCCCAGAAGAUGUUGCUGGAGUAUCAGGCCCGACUGGACGAGUCCGAGGAGAGAUUGAGACGGCAACAGGAAGACAAAGAUCUGCAGAUGAAGGGCAUCAUAAGCAGGUUGAUGUCUGUGGAGGAAGAGCUGAAAAAGGAUCAUUCUGAUAUGCAGGCAGUGAUUGACUCCAAACAGAAGAUCAUUGAUGCACAGGAGAAACGGAUAGCGUCUCUGGACGCGGCUAACGCGAGGCUAAUGAGCGCCCUGUCACAGCUGAAGGAGCGCUACAGCAUGCAGACACGGAACGGCAUCUCUCCCACCAACCCCACCAAGCUGCAGAUCACAGAGAAUGGGGAGUUUCGCAACAGCUCCAACUGCUGAACGAAGACCCCAGAUACACAGAGAGAGAUACGGAACGAAAACACGAGGACAUGAGCAAGUGUGCAGAUAUUCUGUAAGUGAACACUGAGAGAAAUACUGCAGGUGAGGAGACUGAACACUGACCUUUGACGGUCUUCAAAGCGAUCGUUUGGAAAUGUGGAGCAAGAUCCACUUUAGACAUCCACUGGUGAGACUACUGUUCAAGUACUUCAUGUUAGGACACACCACUAGACAUUCAUUCGUGUUUCACAACAACUAACUGUAAAAUAAAAGAAAAAACAAUACAGCUAACAUGGUGAUGUUAUAUAAAUACUAGGACCUUCUAGCCUGCAAAAAAGUCAUUUCACAUGCUUUAAAAUAGAUGUUCUCCAUGCAGCCUUGGAAAAAAAAGAAACUAGAUUUUGUCACAUUAAUUUAUAAUGGUCUCUAAUAUGAAAUGACUGAAACUACAGAAUGAGCAACUCCUUGUGGAGACAUUAACGCUCUCCUCCAUAUCUCUCUUCCUCUUUCUGUUUCUCCCUACAUAGUGCACUUUGUCUCUCCAUCAUGAGAAGCCUUAAAAUGUUGCAUCUGAAAUAUCCCUCAGUCCUUAUUUUAUUAUUUUUACAGUUCAGAUGAACAUCUGUGAUAGAUAGUGCAUAGAUUUUAGAAAGUAUGUACUUUACAUUCUCCAUCCACAAGUUGUUUAUUCUUUUUGUCUGGACAAAACUGUUCCAGUCUGUAACGAACACAUCCUAAAUGUCAUUUCGGGUCCAUUUUAGAUAUGCCAAGAUUUUGCUCGGACGGAGCAGAGUGAAUGUUUUAGACACUAGACCGGAUUGACAUGAUUUUAGUUUGACGUUUUGAAAACUGCCUUCUGUAGCUCAUGGUUUAUUUAUACACUACCAGUCAAAAGUUUUUGAACAGUAAGAUUUUUAAUAUUUUUUUCACCAAGCGUGUGUUUAUUUGAUCCAAAGCACAGCAGAAACAAUAAAAUCUUGAAAUAUUUUUACUAUUUAAACUCUUUUCUAUUUGAAUAUAUUUUAAAAUGUCAUUUAUUCCUGUGAUUUCAUAGCUUUUUAGCAACAUGAUCCUUCAGAAAUCAUUCUAAUAUUAUGAUUUGCUGCUCAAAAAACAUUUAUUAUUAUUAUUAUGUUGAAAACAGCUAGUAGAAUUUUUUUUUCAGAUUUCUUUGAUUAAUAGAAAUUUCAGAAGAACAGCAUUUAUCUGUAAUAGAAAUCUUUUGCGACAUUAUAAAUGUCUUUUUCAUCACUUUUGAUCAAUUUAAACCAUCCUUGCUAAAUAAAAGUACUGAUUUCUAUCAUUUCUUUCUAAAAAGCCUUUGAGAUCUAAAAAGAUCUUUUUAUUCAUCAAAGAAUCCUGAAAAAAUAUGUACUCAGCUGUUUUAAAUAUUGAUGAUGAUAAUUCUAAAAAGUGUUUCUUGAACAGCAUAUUAGAGUGAUUUCUGAAGGAUCACGUGACACUGAAGACUGGACUAACGAUGCAAAAAAUGUAGCUUUGAUCACAGAAAUUAAUUGCAUUUUAAAAUAUAUUCAAAUAAAAAAGUUAUUUUAAAUAGUAAAAAUAUUUAAAAUGUUUUGCUGUAAAUGCAGGCUUGGUGAGCGGAAGAGACUUUUUUAAAAAACAUUAAAAAUCUUACUGUUCAAAAACAUUUGACUGGUAGCGUACAUUGCUUUUUGCUGUUGCAUGUGCUCUUUAUGGGUUUUUCUUCUUCAGUCAAAUUUUUUAAGCCUUUUUAAGUCAUUUGUACAAGUGUGUUUAUUUUUGUAUGUGUUGCCUCAUUGGUCCAAAUUGCUGCACACUUUACAUUUCAACAUUUAGAGUUUGUAUAUUUUUGUAUUUAAUACCGUAUGCGAGGACUCUUGUUCGGCACUGAGGUGCAGCGUGGAGCUGCCGUUUUUUUUUUAAUUGAGGUCUUGAGGAAGCGAGACACACAACGCAUCUUUAUUUUGAGAGAUACAGAUACAUUAUAAGACAGCCUGUCAUGGGACGUGUAGAUAGAGAUGUUAUUUUUAAGGGGAAUCCUCUCUGUAUAUGGGCUCUGUGAUGGAGUAUUAUGUGAAUAAUUUAUUAUUAUAGACUAUAAAGCAAGGUUCACGGGAAAUGCAAGACAUUGUUACAUUAUUGGCUGAAAUGUGGGAUCAGAUUGAGACGGAGCAGUCUAACAAGCACAAAGCACAUCUCACGCCCCAGCUUCUUAAAGGCUUUGAAGACUAUGCACUUUUUUCCUUUGUCGCGUCCACUUGGGUUUACAAACAGGUAGCAAGCUCAAGGUGCUCAUUGUUAUUAGUAAGCCAGGGAAGCUUUAAUUUAUCAUUCAGUUUCAUUUGUAGCAUUAUCAUUUGCACCAUUGUAGCUAAACGCUAUAAACCCUUCCACGCAAACAAAGGUGCACAUGCAGUGUAAACGUCAUGAGAUUAGCAAUCGGACUGUGUUACCGAUCACAUGUUUUUUUGAUGCCCUGGUAAAGUAGUUUUGCAUGUACCAAAUGCACCAUCUGUAUAAGGCAGAUUGGUAUCUAGAGUCAUUGAAAAUUCAUUUGAUCAACUUUUAAACCCGGCUUGGGGCUCGUACGGUUGCACAAAAGGGAAGCGAUGUUUAUUUUUCACAAGUUUUCUCUCACAGACAUGGAUGUCAACUUCUCUGUUUGUUCAUGUUCUGUUUUUAAUAAGGUCUGAGGUUUUGCAGAGUCAUUAUGUCUAUUUUCAUCCACAUGAGAAGCUACUAGUGAGUCAAACACGAAAAAAUGAAAGUAGUUUAGAACAGUAUUGAAUGAAAAAUACUUUUGCUGUCGUCUCGGUUCUUUUCGUCAGAUGUGUCUUUAUCUGGCUUCAUUUCAGUUCUCGAAGUCUAGGAAACUUUUGUAAGUAAAACUAUUUGCGCAUUGUUUUUUUUCUCAAAGCAGUCAAUGUGAAAUAGUAGCUAUGUGAAAUAAAUAUAAAGAUAUACAAAUCUAUAAAUGAAUACCUAAAAUAUGUUGUAUGUUUUAUAAUCCUUGUAGAAAAGAUUUUUGUAAGUAUGUUUAAAGUAAAGUAUUGGCUGGACUCUUGCCUUGUUUUAGGACAAUGACAAGAACAAUAAUGUACAGAGAACUUUGUCCAUGUUAAGAACUAUACAAUUGUGGCUGUGCAAUUUAUGUACAUUUGCAACUAGAAUAAUUAAAGUUUUAUUUAGUUAUUUCA